AUGGAUGCUCAUCCCGUUUCAUUUACUAGUGCUGCAGAACGAAGACACUCUCGAAUUUGGAAGGAUUUGAGUGCGUAUCGUCACUUCGCGAUCGUUCAGAAGCUCCUACAAGAAGACAUGUCGGGAACUGUUGACAUGGCGGCUAAGAUCGGCAAGCGCCGUGCGCAAACCCUUGGCCGUCCACCCCGGGUGGGCAUCGUCGGCGCUGGGCUCUCCGGCCUGCGUUGUGCUGAUAUCCUCAUUGGGCAUGGCUUUGAAGUAACGAUGAUCGAGGGCCGAAAUCGACUCGGUGGCCGUGUCCACCAAGUUUCUCUUACACCUGGACAUCUUGUCGACGCCGGUCCAAAUUGGAUUCACGGAACGAAUAACAAUCCAAUCAUGGAACUCGCCCAAAGUACCAAUACGCUGACAGGCUCUUGGACUGCCAAGACAUCCGUCGUUGACGAGACUGGCAAGAUGCUCCCACCUCAUGAAGCAGAGGUCUAUUCAAACAUGAUGUGGGAGAUAAUAGGAGCUGCUUUCACUCACAGCAAUCGAAAUACUAGCACCAUCAGUCCAGACGAGAGCCUCUUGGAUUUCUUCAACAAAGAGCUCGCCCGAAGGAUACCGGAAAACUCACCAGAUUGGGAGAAGAAGCGGAAAAUCAUGUCUCAGAUUGCUGAAUCGUGGGGUGCUUAUGUUGGAAACCACGUCUUCAGUCAGAGCCUCAAGUACUUUUGGCUGGAAGAGUGUAUAGACGGCGAAAACCUCUUCUGCUCAGACACAUAUCAGAAAAUCCUCGCAGCUGUCGCCAAGCCGGCCGUCGAACGAGCUGCCUUCAAGUACAAAACCGUCGUCAACAAGGUCCAGACCACCGACGACGAACUCUGCGAAGCGCUGAAAGUACACACCGAGUCCGGCGAGACGCUCGAGUUCGACGAAGUCGUCUUCACGGCGCCCCUCGGCUGGCUGAAGCGCCACCCCGAGACCUUCACUCCGGCACUGCCCGCGCGACUCGCGCAAGCGAUCCGGAAUAUCGGCUACGGGUGUCUCGAGAAAGUGUACAUCAGCUUCGAGACGCCGUUCUGGCGGUCUCCGUCGGGCUCUGAUGAAGACGACACGCAGGGCUUCAUCCAGCUCCUCGCGCCGAACUACGCGCUCGAAACGAACCCGCACCGCUGGAACCAGGAGUGCGUGGAACUAGCUUCCUUCACGCCCGCGGACUCGCAUCCCACGCUGCUGUUCUAUACCUACGGCGAUCAGUCGAAGUAUCUAACGAGCGAAGUCGCGAAGAUUCCGACCAAGGAGAAGAGAGAUGCGUUUCUGUACGAGUGGUUUCAGCCGUAUUAUUCCCGGCUGCCGAAUUAUAGAGAGGAUAGAGAGGAGUGUAAGCCUGUGGGGUGUUAUGCUACCGAGUGGCUGAAUGACGAACUUGCGGGCAACGGCAGUUAUAGUAAUUUCCAGGUCGGACUGGAAGAGGGCGAUAGGGAUGUUAAGAGUAUGAGGGAGGGUGUGCCGGAGCGGGGAUUGUGGUUUGCGGGCGAGCAUACCAGUCCGUUUGUUGCGCUUGGUACGGUUACGGGUGCAUAUUGGAGUGGGGAGUCCGUGGGUAAGAGGAUUGCUGUUGCGUAUGGACGGACUGUUGAGGGGGAGGUUGUGUAG